AUGAGCGCUCAAGAAGCGGUGCAACGACCGCUUCCUAACUAUCUGCAGUUCGUUUUCGGCGGACUGGCAGGCAUGGGUGCGACGCUUCUGGUGCAGCCGUUCGACGUCGUGAAAACACGCAUGCAGUUGACGCAAUCAGUCCAAGGCGCUCAGGCUCCAGGUCCGCUGUACGUGCUCCGCGCGAUUGUUGUCCAGGAGGGCGCCUCAAAACUCUAUGCGGGCUUAUCAGCGGGGCUGUUCCGCCAGAUCACUUACACGACGACGCGUCUCGGGGUAUACGGUGUUCUUCUCGAAGAACUCACCCGUAUUCGAAAAGCCCAGCAGGCGAGCUCGGCUCACGACGGCGAGUCCCAGCGGCAGGGCGUUGCACUGCCCUUCAGCUGGAAAGCUGGCGCUGGACUCACCGCUGGUACUAUUGGAGCAUUGGUCGGCACGCCUGCGGAGGUGGCGCUCAUUCGGAUGAUGGCAGACGGACGACUGCCCCCAGAGCGACGACGAAACUAUCGGUCUGUCUUCGAUGCCCUGAUUCGCAUCGUACGCGAAGAAGGCAUUAUGACACUGUGGCGGGGAGCUUUGCCGACGGUAGGGCGCGCAGCGCUGCUCAAUAUGGCGCAACUCGGUACGUAUUCCCAGGCGAAGGAGAUGAUUUUGAGCACUGGGCUCGUUGGGGAUCAUCUCGGAACCCAUGUCUUGGCAUCGACGUGUAGCGGCUUUGCAGCUACGUGUAUUUCCUUGCCUCUCGAUAACGCUAAGACGAAGCUGCAGCAUAUGCGGGAUCGUGAGUACGCCGGAAUGCUGGAUGCGCUGUUGAAGACUUCACGUUCUGAGGGCAUUCCUGCGCUUUGGAGGGGGUUCAUGCCCUACUUUUUGCGUUUAACACCGCACACCAUUGGAGCAUUCGUCUUACUCGAGCAGUUGAAGAAGCUCUAUUUUACGUGGCGCCAAGUGUUGUAG